CGCAGUUUCCGUCCCAUUUCCGGGUUGACUUCCACUUUAGCUCCCGCUCCUCUCGUAAUCCAGCGUUGCUUCGCCUGCAGCCAUGAGUGCGGUGAUUCCUCGGAUCGAGCAGCUGUCCGCCCGGGUGGUUCGGGUUCUGGGCUGCAACCCGGGCCCGAUGACCCUGCAGGGGACCAACACCUACCUGGUCGGAACCGGCCGAAGGCGCGUGCUGAUCGACACCGGAGAACCCGCCGUGCCCGAGUACAUCAGCGCUCUGAAACAGGCCCUCAGUCAGUUCAACGCCGGCAUCCAGGAGAUCGUGGUCACUCACUGGCACCGCGACCACACGGGCGGCGUGGAGGACAUCUGCAGGAACGUCACCGGCUCCGAGAUCCGAGUCAGCAAACUGCCUCGCGCCAACCCGGUCGCAGAGACGGCCGGAGGCCAAAGCUUCACCUACCUGAAGGACGGAGACGUUGUCCUCACGGAGGGCGCCACGCUCAAAGUGCUGUUCACACCGGGCCACACGGACGACCACAUGGCGCUGCUGCUGGAGGAGGAGCGGGCGCUCUUCUCCGGAGACUGCGUCCUGGGCGAGGGCACGGCCGUGUUCGAGGACCUCCACGACUACAUGAGGUCCCUGCAGGUGCUGCUGGACUCUCAGGCCGACGUCAUCUACCCUGGUCACGGACCCGUGGUUCAGGACGCCGCCUCUAAGAUCCGACACUACAUCGACCACCGGGAGCGGAGAGAGCACCAGAUCCUGGAAGCCAUCCGGGCCGGAGCGGGAAAGCCUUUCUCCUCGAUGGAGCUCGUCAAGCUCGUCUACAAGGACACCCCAGAGUACCUGCACCCGGCGGCGGAUGUGAACCUGGUCCAUCACCUGAAGAAGCUGGAGAAAGAGGGCAGCAUCAGCCUGGAGGGCGAAUCUUCACCGAUCACCAAAUGGAGGAGCAACCUGUGAAGAAGACCCCCAAAACUGACCAAUCAGAGGUUGAUCACAUGACGUAACCAUGAUGUUUAUGGUCUCUAUAAAUGACACCGUGGUGCUUUUUCCUCAAUGAGCUAAAUUUCUAUCUUCUUCCUACACUUUAAUAGAAUGUUUAUUGGCCUCUCCGUCUCUCUCAGCCUUGGAUGUUGAACACGAGUGUUGGAGCCACCAGGGGGCGCUCUCUGCUAGAUCACUGUUAAAGGGCAGAACUUUCAACACUGAAUUAUUAUAAAAUAUCACAACAAAUGUCAAACGUUGCAAACAUUUUGUAUAUAUUUAAAUAAAAUUGUAAAUUCUCUCAGGAUUGCUAAAAAAUA